AUGGCAUUAACCACUGUUUUGGUGUCUGUGGAAGGUGUAAUAGGAGGCAAUGCAUACCAGCAUAAUAAGGUCAACCAGUGGACAUCUAAUGUGGUGGAGCAGUGUCUGAACCAGUUAACAAAGCUUGGCAAACCCUUCAAAUACAUUGUAACUUGUGUGAUAAUGCAAAAGAAUGGAGCAGGACUACAUACAGCCAGCUCAUGCUUUUGGGACAACACAACUGAUGGGAGUUGCACUGUAAGGUGGGAGAACAAGACCAUGUACUGCAUAGUGAGCGUAUUUGGACUGGCAAUCUGAUGAGAAAGUUUCAUUUGUUCCAAAAAGACGUUAACUACAAGAUAUUCAAUAAAUUGGAGAUACACGACUGUAGUCUUUUAAAUACAUUUCACUAUUGAAAAAUCCAUACCCCGCAUUCCAGGGUUAAGUCCCCCAUUACCACAAGCUUUUGUUGAAAUUAGGAGAAAUGCAUAACACCCUCUACUUUGUAUUCAAAUGGUUAUACUGUAUGAUAACAGGUGGGAUAUUGUCUGUGCAUUUCCUCACAACACAGACAAAACCAAAUUCUAUCAUUAAACACAAAAAUGUUAUUUUAUUUGGGUUAAUACCCUUUUUAUUAACUUAACAAGAUGUAUAUAAAAAUAAUUUACUGUACAUAAAAGUUGGGACAGUAUUAUUCCUAAUAUCUGAACCUCUUUUUUUGUACAGAUAAUCUGUAAGAAACUUUAAGUGUCACAAAUCAGCAAAGAACUUGUACAUUGAUAUUAUUCUGAAUUGUACUUUUAUGUCUGUAGAUUAUAGUUACUUGUAUUGCUUUAUCCUUUCAGAGUAUGUUGUUAAUGUAAUGUGCUGUCUGUGUAUGCCAGUUGUGGUCUUGAGUGCUUUUAUCUUUUGCUCUGUAUUGACAUAUUUAGAGUCUGGAACUGAUUAGCUUUCUAAUAAAUAAUAAAUAAUACAAUAA